AAGCGGUCGCAUGAGCAGCGCUAUCCACCACCCGUUUACACCUCGCCCCCGCUUGAGAAAUGCAGCUCUACAAGGUGUUCACGCUGCUGGCCGAUCUCAGGCUAGCCGUUCAAUCGACAUUAUUCCCGACCAUAAUAGCCAUCCUGCGCGAUCCUUUGCUGUUAUUCCGUCCUGCCGCGCUGUCGCGCCUUUUCAUGGCCAACGUGUGGGUGGCAUUUGCGGAUGGCAUAGACGAGGAGGCGCGUCCUGUGAAGGAACGCCUGAUCCCCGGUAAUGCGCGGGGUGUUGUUUUGGACCUCGGCGCAGGUCAUGGACACACAAUAAAAUAUCUGGACCGGGAGAAAGUGACCAAGUACAUUGCGCUCGAGCCCAACCAGCAUAUGCACCCUAAAAUCCGACAGAACGCCGCUAACGCUGGUUUCUCCGAGGCGGCUGAGACGCUCUUGAUCUUGCCUUAUGGUGCAGAGGAAACGUCGCUCAUAGUAUCUGCUCUUGGCGGGCCUCAUGCAGUUGACACUAUCAUCUCUAUCUUGGCCCUUUGCACCAUUCCCUCCCCGGAAACCUCGCUGCGUGCUCUCAUUGAUCAGGUCCUGAAGCCCGGAGGACACUUUCUCUUCUAUGAGCACGUCCUUAGCCCAAGGGAGGAUGUCGCAUGGUGGCAGAGGUUCUGGACACCGCUCUGGAAGAGAGCAUUUGAUGGUUGUUGUCUUGACCGGCCCACACAUAUAUGGGUACCGAAGAUGAACUGUUGGCAAUCAGGAGAGGUGUCUGCCGGUCGAGAUGAUGAGAAUGAGGGAUAUAUGUUCUGGCAUCGAGUGGGUAUAUUCGUCAAGAAGUAGUAAAAUGGUCUUUGUUCCGGCGGUUGACAGGUCUUGUAACUGUGCAGUAAAUCUCAACAAAACCAUGUAUUCUCAUCCUUUGCGAGAUGCUGGACGCGAG